GCCGCCGAGCGUCCCCCUCCCCCUCACAGCGGAGGAGGGGACAGUUGUCGGAGUCCGGGCGGCGGAGCCCGAUCGCGGGCUUCCACCGACAGUUCCGUGACGACUGGUCAGCGCCGCCGGAGAGCUGCUGUCGCUGGAGCUGGUCUGCGGUCUCCGAGGAACUGCUACUACCCGAGAGCGCUCCGCGAGUGACCGCGACUUUUCAAAGCCCGGCAGCGCGCGGGAGCCGACCAACGUGAGUGAAGGCGGUACCUUAACCCUGCGCUCCCUGGAGCGAGCUGGGGAGGAGGGCGCAGGGGGGGAGCACUGCCGACCGGAGCGCGCGCUCUUAGACAAACUUUACUUGUCACAGACGCAGGGACGCGCGGGUGUCCCCCGCUUCCCAGCGCGCUGUUGCGGCCCCGAAACUUCAGCGCGCAGCCCAGACGAACCCCGCGUGAACUGACCGACCGUUCUAUGACUGCAAAGAUGGAAACGACCUUCUACGACGAUGCCCUCAACGCCUCGUUCCUCCAGUCCGAGAGCGGCGCCUACGGCUACAGUAACCCCAAGAUCCUGAAACAGAGCAUGACCUUGAACCUGGCCGACCCGGUGGGCAACCUGAAGCCGCAUCUCCGCGCCAAGAACUCGGACCUCCUCACGUCGCCCGACGUUGGGUUGCUCAAGCUGGCGUCGCCCGAGCUGGAGCGCCUGAUCAUCCAGUCCAGCAAUGGGCACAUCACCACCACGCCGACCCCCACCCAGUUCUUGUGCCCCAAGAACGUGACCGACGAGCAGGAGGGUUUCGCCGAGGGCUUCGUGCGCGCCCUGGCCGAACUGGCGGAGAGGAAGCGCAUGAGGAACCGCAUCGCCGCCUCCAAGUGCCGGAAAAGGAAGCUGGAGAGGAUCGCCCGGCUAGAGGAAAAAGUGAAAACCUUGAAAGCGCAAAACUCGGAGCUGGCGUCCACGGCCAACAUGCUCAGGGAACAGGUGGCACAGCUUAAACAGAAAGUCAUGAACCACGUUAACAGUGGGUGCCAACUCAUGCUAACGCAGCAGUUGCAAACGUUUUGAGGACAGAGUGUCAGGGCUGAGGGGCAAUGGAAGAAAAAAAAUAUAACAAAGACAGACUUGAGAACUUGACUGGUUGCGAAAGAAAAAAAAAAGUGCCCGAGUACCGAAGCCAAGGGUACACGAGAUGGACUGGGUUGCGUCCUGACGGCGCCCCCAGUGUGCUGGAGUGGGAAGGACGUGGCGCGCCUUGCCUUGGCAUGGAGCCAGAGAGCGGCGGCCUGUUGGCUGCUAGGCUUUGCGAUCGGGCUGUGCCCGCGAGACCAGAACGAUGGACUUUUCGUUAACAUUGACCAAGAACUGCAUGGACCUAACAUUCGAUCUCAUUCAGUAUUAAAGGGGGGCGGGGAGGGGUUACAAACUGCAAUAGAGACUGUAGAUUGCUUCUGUAGUGCUCCUUAAGAACACAAAGCAGGGAGGGCUAGGGAGGGGAGGGAGGCUCGUGAGUGCCAGGCUAGACUGCAGAUGAACUCCCCUGGCCUGCCUUCCUCAACUGUGUAUGUACAUAUAUAUUUUUUUUAAUUUGAUGAAAGCUGAUUACUGUCAAUAAACAGCUUCCUGCCUUUGUAAGUUAUUCCAUGUUUGUUUGUUUGGGUGUCCUGCCCAGUGUUGUUUGUAAAUAAGAGAUUUGAAGCAUUCUGAGUUUACCAUUUGUAAUAAAGUAUAUAAUUUUUUUAUGUUUUGUUUCUGAAAAUUUCCAGAAAGGAUAUUUAAGAAAAUACAAUAAACUAUUGAAAAGUA